UACCCCUUCACAUGCAAUUCGCUGUAGAGUAGGAUUUAACUGCAAUUUUUCUCGUUUUUGCUUCGAUAGUUCUCCCUUGGCUGCCUGCCUUCUCUGCUUCUGAGCUUUCAACUUGUCUUCCCCAAUCUCUUCCUUCCUGUCCCAUCCUUUCGUCCUUGCAACACAUCAUCUAAUGGCAAUGGCUUCGGCUGAUUCUUGGGGCUCUUCUCCUGUGGCUGCCUCCCCUAUUGGGUUUGAGGGCUACGAGAAGCGCCUCGAGAUAACAUUCUCUGAUGCACCUGUCUUCGUGGACCCGUGCGGUCGUGGCCUCCGCGCCCUCUCUCGCGAGCAGAUUGACUCGUUCUUGGAUCUUGCACGGUGCACCAUAGUGUCCCAGCUCUCCAACAAGGAGUUCGACUCGUACGUGCUGUCGGAGUCAAGCCUCUUUGUGUAUCCCCACAAGGUUGUCCUCAAGACCUGUGGGACGACGAGGCUGCUGCUCUCCAUUCCUCGCAUCCUUGAGCUAGCUGCAGGACUGUCACUGCCUGUUCUUUCAGUGAAGUACUCUCGUGGGACGUUCAUCUUCCCUGGUGCGCAGCCAUCACCGCACCGCAGCUUCUCGGAGGAGGUAUCCGUGCUGAACGGCUUCUUUGGUGGCCUCAAGUCCGGUGGCAAUGCGUAUGUGAUUGGCGACGCGUUCAAGCCCAAGAAGAAGUGGCAUGUCUACUAUGCCACGGAGGAGCCUGAGCAACCUAUGGUGACACUUGAGAUGUGCAUGACUGGAUUGGAUGUCAAGAAAGCUGCAGUGUUCUUCAAGAACUCUGCCGAUGGCUGUUGCUCAUCAGCUAAGGAGAUGACGAAGCUUUCAGGGAUUUCUGACAUCAUCCCUGAGAUGGAGAUCUGUGACUUUGAGUUCGACCCAUGCGGGUACUCAAUGAACGGCGUCUGUGGGCCUGCAGCCUCCACAAUCCAUGUCACUCCUGAGGAAGGUUUUAGCUAUGCAAGCUAUGAAACAAUGAACUUCAACCCAAGCUCCUUGGCUUACAGUGAUGUGAUCAAGAGGGUCCUGGCAGGCUUCUCUCCUUCGGACUUCUCAGUUGCUGUUACUAUCUUCGGCGGGCAUGGAUUUGCCAAAUCAUGGGCAAAGGGUGUUGAUGUCGACUCCUACAUGUGCGAUGAUCUUGUUGGGCAGGAGCUUCCUGGUGGUGGUCUACUGAUGUACCAGAGCUUUACUACUGUUGCCCCUGGCACUGUUUCACCAAGAUCGACCUUGGAAAUAGAUGGCUGGAGUAGCGACGGAAUGGAAACAGCUGACAAGAGCGACGACAUGUGUAUCGGCUGGGAUGUAGAGAAGAAGGUGGUGAAGAAAGAUGUGGAUGCCUGAAUAAAAUGGGCUCUUCACCUCCAGUUGCAUGUUGAAGCUGAGGUUUCCGAGACCUCUGUUGGUCCUGCUCUUCUAAUUUCGGUUAAGCAGUUGGCUGGGCUACCGGCAAGCAUAUCUUAUGUUAUUGUUUAUUGUUCCUUUAUAUUUUCCUGCCCAAUAAGUGCUCUCGAUGGUUUGCUGCGUCUGCCAUAGUGAGCAACAUCAGAUUGUUUCAGUAUUUGUUUCUGCUGCCGAUGCUCUUGUGGGGAGAAUGGUCUUUGUAAUAGCACGACUAUUUUCAAUCA